AAGGAAGUGUUUCCUGUUGUCCCGGAAAAGGUUAGCAAUUAGUAAAUGUUAGCAGCGUAGUGUGUUUAAUGUAAGGACGGGAGCCAGAGCGCAAAAUGUCAGAGGAAACAAUAACUGUGACAGUUGCUUACGGAUCGACUAAGCACAGCAUCACUCUAGCAUGCCAUGAGGAUGGAACAGGGCCCACCGUUAAAGAUUUGUCAGAUGCUCUUAGUGAAGCUACUGGUGUCCCUCCGACCUCACAGAAACUCAUUUUUAAAGGAAGGUCUCUGAAAGACAUGGAAGUGACUCUCUCCAGUUGUGACAUAAAAACAGGCUGCAAACUCAUGAUGAUUGGAAAGCGGAACAGCCCAGAGGAAGAGGCUGAACUGAAGAAGUUGAAAGAAAUUGAAAAGUCUGUGGAGCAGAUGGCUAAAAAGCUGGAGACGGUCGAUGGGGAACUAACUGGAUUAAAGAACGGCUUCCUCGCCAAAGACCUCCAGGCAGAAGCGUUGAGUAAACUAGAUCACAGAGUAAAAAUAGCAGCUGAGCAGUUCAUGAAAAUCCUGGAGCAGAUAGAUGCCAUGAGCCUCCCAGAAAACUUUGCUGACUGCAGAACGAAGAAAAGGGGCCUGGUAAAAACAGUGCAGGAUUUCCUGGCGCAGUGCGACAGGAUCGAGGCUUGUAUAUCAGACCACCUAACAAAGGUCCAAUCCAAAAAUCUGGCUCUGGCGGAGUAGACAACUCUUCUGUGUUGUGUGCUUUAAGUUGCUCUAUGAGCAAUGCAAAGAUCUAAAGACUGCUUCAAGUGCGAAGCAGAUCCUACUUUAUUUAUUGUGAGGAGUGCGAUGUGUAGAAAAGAUUUUCACAACAAUCGUUUGAAAACACGGAUGUCAGUCCCCAACAUUGAGGUCUUCUGCAGUCUGUGUUCUUUCCACCCCAACACCCAGUUAUUGCUUUGGACACUUCUUUAGAGGCUUAAAACAAUUCUUUAACAAAAUGCAUGUCAGAAAUCUUUUUUUGUGUGUUUGUUCCGGUUUCAAAUGUCUCUUGAAUUCAAGACCACAUUUAUUUGUUCUUACCGGUAAUGUUCUGUUUUGACUGCUGGAAAUACAACAGAGCAAAGAGUAAUCAGUUCAGACACAUACAUGCUUUUCCAGAUAAAAGUCCUAUUUGGACAACUUUUAGGUUUCUUAAUACCAAUUUUAUUUUGUAUUUUCACAUUAAUCCAGACCUUAAAAAGUACCUAAAUCAAACUGUAAAAUUCUCUUAAAUACGAAAGAGAUAUUUAUGAUUUUACGAGUUUAGGGUUUAGAACACAAAUCUGCUGUUUUAAUGCAUAAAUAAGACAAACAUUUAAACCCCAACCAUUGUCAGAAAUGACCAUUUACAAGUUUA